UUCAAUUGACUUAAAAGAGAGUGACUUUAGUAACACUUAAUUGAAAUAAAAAAGCAUUGAAUAGUCAUAUACUCUAUAAUAUAAAGUACUUUCAUUUGAAUUGAAUUUAAUUACAUUUUUAUAAUCGUUUUCAACUAAUAUUAGCUUUCAAUUGACAGCUUAUCGAUUUCUCUCUCAAAUAACAUUUCAAUUGAAACCACAUUUCAUAUAAACUUUGAAUUAAUUGAGACAACUGGCCGAUAAUGUCUUCACCUACAGAACACAUCCCUUUCCAGAUGAAGGCCAACGAAGCCGAUUCAAUGCUGGACCACAUGAGUGCCCUCGACAUCGACUCCAAACCACAAGUAGUUCGUUUGACAGGAAUUAUCUGUACUAUUGGUCCGGCCUCACAGAAAGUGGAGACAUUGGUUGAGAUGAUUAAGUCAGGAAUGGUAAUCUCAAGGAUGAACUUUUCGCACGGAGAGUAUGCGUAUCACAAGUCAACCAUCGAUAACGUGAGAUCGGCGGCCAAAUUGGCGAGCGAACAGUUGCAGAUUCCCAACUAUCCCGUAGCCAUUGCUUUGGACACUAAGGGACCCGAAAUAAGAACAGGUCUUCUGGAAGGAGGCGCCUCCGCUGAGAUUGAACUCGUAAAAGGAAAUACUAUUAAACUGACAACUGAUGAGUCGUAUUUUGAAAAAGGAUCACAAGAUAUCGUUUAUGUCGACUAUAAAAAUAUUGUUAAAGUAUUAGUUCCGGGAAAUCGGGUUUAUGUUGACGACGGACUUAUCUCACUUGUAGUCAAAGAAGUCGGCGCCGAUUUUCUUGUUUGUGAUAUUGAAAACGGCGGCAAAUUGGGAUCUAAGAAGGGUGUGAAUCUUCCCGGAGCUAUUGUCGAUUUGCCAGCUGUUUCUGAAAAAGACAAAAAGGAUCUCGAGUUCGGUGUCCAGAAUGGCGUUGAUAUGAUAUUUGCUUCAUUUAUCCGAAACGGUUCUGGAGUUCGUGAAAUACGGGAAAUUUUGAAGAAGGCGGGACCCGGCGGUGAAAAUGUUAAGAUUAUAUCAAAGGUUGAGAACCACGAAGGCGUCAAAAAGAUUGAUGAGAUUAUUGCUGAAAGUGAUGGUAUUAUGGUUGCUCGUGGAGACCUUGGUAUUGAAAUACCGGCUGAAAAGGUGUUUUUGGCACAAAAGAUGAUGAUUGCUAAGUGUAAUGUCGCGGGAAAAUCAGUCAUAUGUGCCACACAAAUGCUUGAAAGUAUGGUUUCUAAACCAAGACCUACAAGAGCUGAGGUGUCCGAUGUGGCCAAUGCUGUCCUCGAUGGAGCCGAUUGUGUCAUGUUAUCGGGAGAGACCGCUAAAGGACAGUAUGCUUUAGAAACAGUGGUAAUGAUGCAUAACAUAUGUUUGGAGGCUGAGUCCGCCGUUUUUACAAAGAGCGUAUUUCAUGAAUUGACAUACAAAACGCCGACUCCGGCCGGAUUGACCAUUACUAUGGCUAUUGCAGCCGUUAACGCAUCACUCAAAUGUGGUGCUUCUGCUAUCAUUGUGUUAACUACAAGUGGAAAAACAGCGUAUGAAAUAUCUAAAUAUAGACCCCGGUGUCCUAUUAUUGCAGUUUCACGUAACGAACAAACCACAAGACAGGCCCAUCUCUUCAGAGGUCUUCUACCUUUCCAUUACCCUAAACCUAGAAACGAGUCCGAAGAAUGGGUUAAAGAUGUAGACACUCGACUCAAGGAAGCGGUAGAGUUCGGUAAAAAGAGAGGUGCACUCAAAACUGGUGAUGUAGUUGUUUUUGUGACCGGUUGGCGUAAAGGGUCCGGUGCUACCAAUACUUUGCGUGUCAUUGCUAUUGAAUAAUCGUAAUAUUUAAUUGAAUCAAAUAUUUAACAUUUACCGGUAAUUAUAAAAUUACAGAGACAUGUAUUAUUAUUAUUAUUAUUAUUAUGUGAAAUUUAGUGUAAAAUCCAUUGUCUAUAUUUAUAAUUAUUUAGUUAAAUUAUAUUUUAAUUUAAAAAGAUCUGUAUUUUUAUUAUUUUAUU